UUUUUGUGUUAACCUAAAAUUAAAACAAAUUUCACUUCUUUAUAAUUGUUAUACUUUUUUAGAUUUUAAGAAUAAAACUUAUCUUUAUUGAUUUAAGACUCAAAUGAUAACAUGGAUAAGUCUGUCUAGAACACAUUAUUGUAAUUGCAUAGUCUUGUAGAAAAUGUAGAACAGAGUUUUGAUAUUUGGACGAAAUGUUGAAAACUAUCAAAAGAAUUAAAGAAUUUAUAAUAUUUACAGGAUGCAUGUUAAUAUUGUUAUUCAUAAUAUUCAAAUUUAUUGGUAAAAAUGGAAGUGUCUCAAUUAGCAAUGAAGAAUUUACUGAGGAAGAUAGUAUUUUAGAAAUAAAAAAUAAUGAACAAACACUAUUGGAAGCUUCCAAAAGAAUAAAAGAAUUAGAAAGAAAAAUUACUGUCCUUGAAAAACAAAUACCAAGAAUCUAUCCCGAUGUUAGAUAUUUGAAUUAUUUGUCUCGAAAAAGAAUUCUAAUUACUGGAGGUGCUGGUUUUGUAGGUUCUCAUUUAGUAGAUAAAUUAAUGAAGGAAGGUCAUGAAGUUAUUGUAGUUGAUAAUUUUUUCACUGGUAGGAAACAAAAUGUUGAGCAUUGGAUUGGGCAUGAAAAUUUUGAAAUGAUUCACCAUGAUAUUGUACAUCCACUGUAUAUUGAAAUAGAUGAAAUUUAUCAUUUAGCAAGUCCAGCUAGUCCUCCACAUUACAUGCAAAAUCCAGUAAAAACUAUUAAAACUAAUACAAUUGGUACUAUAAAUAUUUUAGGUUUAGCCAGAAGAGUAAAUGCCAAAGUUUUAAUUGCUAGUACCUCUGAAGUUUAUGGAGAUCCAGAUAUUCAUCCUCAACCCGAAACGUAUUGGGGACAUGUAAAUCCAAUUGGUCCAAGAGCCUGCUAUGAUGAAGGUAAAAGAAUCUCAGAAACUUUAACCUAUGCUUAUGCACAACAAGAGAAUAUGCAAGUUAGAGUUGCAAGAAUUUUUAAUACCUAUGGUCCUCGGAUGCACAUGAAUGAUGGAAGAGUAGUAUCAAACUUUAUACUUCAAGCAUUGAAAAGUGAUGUUAUCACGAUAUAUGGAACUGGUGACCAGACAAGAUCAUUUCAAUAUGUUACUGAUUUAGUUGAAGGUCUAGUACUCUUAAUGAAUUCAAACUUCACACAACCUGUCAAUUUAGGAAAUCCAGUCGAACAUACAAUAAAGGAAUUUGCAGAAAUCAUUAAAGAUCUAGUUGGUGGGAAUAGCAAAAUUGUUCAUAUUGCUGGAGUACAAGAUGAUCCACAAAGGAGGAAGCCAGAUAUAAGUAGGGCUAGAAAGUACCUGAGCUGGGAACCUAAAGUGAAUUUAGGCGUUGGUCUCCAAAAAACUGUAAAUUAUUUCAAAGAAGAAUUGCGAAAGUUUAGACACUCACAGAGGAGUUUUUUUAAAGCUACAGAGAAAUAUUCAAGCGAUUCACAUCUUGGAAGUUUAAGAAAGCUAUUAACAUACUUCAAAUUUCUGUAAAAUUUCGGAUUCAUUUUUAAUAAAUUAAAAAUUUACUAUCUGGUGCCUUUUAUGAUGAUGUAUAUAGUGGAAAAUUGUUUUGUUUAUGAGUGAAAUUUGUAUUAUAAUACUGUAAAUAUAUGUUUCAUUUAA